AUGAGAAAGCUAACAGACGAAGAAACUAAAGUAUUUUUUGAAAAGAUUAUUAAAUAUGUCGGAAAGAAUAUUACACUGAUGGUAGAGAGAAAAGAUGAACCACAUUGCUUCAGAGUACAAAAGAAUAAAGUAUACUAUAUCAGUGAAGACAUCAUGAGAAAAGCACAGAACAUCCCAAGAGAUUCAUUAGCUAGUUUAGGUACUUGUUUUGGAAAGUUUACAAAGAGUGGAAAGUUUAAGUUACAAAUUACAUGUUUAGAGUAUUUAGCUCAAUAUGCAAAGGUACCUAUCAUAUUUAUCUCUAUUUUAUCUACUCUGCUGCUAAUUUAUGAUAACAUUGUUUAUACUAAUCAAUUCAAUUCAUCAAAACAGUAUAAAGUUUGGGUGAAGCCACAAUCAGAGAUGUCUUGGAUGUAUGGAAAUAAUUUAUUAAAGGCUGGUUUAGGUAGAAUUACAGAGGAUACACCACAAAAUCAAGGUGUUGUUUUAUAUUCAAUGAAUGAUAUUCCAAUUGGAUUUGGUGUUACAGCAAAAUCAACGGGUGAAUGUAGAAAGUUAGAUCCUACUGCAUUGGUUGUUUAUCAUAUUUGUGAUGUUGGUGAAUAUCUUAGAGAUGAAGAUACUCUUUUCUAA